CAGCACAGAGGUUGUUCAAUACUUCUCUUUGUUGGUGGUCUUUGGUCUUUAGCUACUUUGCCUAAAACAACAAAAUGCAGAAGCUAAUUCUUCUCGUGGGUCUCUGUGUCUUCAACACCGGGCCGGGUGUAAGCGCUUCCCAAAACCUGAUGUGUCACUUUGACAGCUUGUCACAAGAACGACAUGCGGACGCACACUUCUCAAUUUCGGACAUCGAUGCCAAUCUGUGUACGCAUCUGAUUUAUGGCUCCGUAACCAUUGGCAGCUCAGGGGGCCUUGACAUUCUUCCUUCCGACAUAAGCAGUUUCAGCGAUUUCAAUGAUCUAAAAAACAGCAAUUCAGAACUUAAAACCCUUCUGGAGAUCAAUCUGCUGAAUAACAUCCCUGGACUCCUAAACAUGAUAAGCACAGAGCAGAACCAAAACAGCUUUAUUCAGUCAACAAUCAGUGCCGUGCAAGCACAUGGGUUUGAUGGGAUGAACAUCCUCUGGAUGUAUAGACCAAACUACCCAGGCAUGACCCCUCAGCAGUUCUCAGAGCUUAUCAAGGAUCUCAGACUGGCCUCCAGCGGUCUCCUGCUCUCUGCGAGCAUCUCCCAUAAACCAUUCAUCAUUGACAACAGUUAUGAAAUCCCAACACUUUCAGCUAAUGUAGACUUCCUGAAUAUUCUGUCGGCUGGUAUUGACAUCAACUUUUUGUCCAACCCCUCCAACACAGCGUUUCAGACAACGAAAUCGUCAAUCCAACACUUGAUCAGCGAGGGAGCAGAAAUAGGAAAACUUAACAUGGGAAUUGCGGCAUUUGGACGAGCCUAUGCUACGCUAUCUUCGUCACAGAGUAAUCAACCAGACCUAUCUCAACCACUGAUGGGUUACUUUGGUGAUAACCAAGGUUUCUUUUCCCAUUUCGAGGUGUGUCUUCACAACUCCUUGACUCCGUCUACAGGCCAGAUUCGAAAUGCUUGGCUUGGCUAUGACAGCAUUCCCAUCAUCAUCUCUAAGGCUGAAUAUAUCAUCAAUAACCAGUUGGGAGGAGCCUUUCUCAUGUCCAUUGACCAGGAUGACUUCAGUGGGGAAUUUUGCGAUGAGGGCAAUUAUCCUAUCCUUCAAACUCUGCAUAAUGAGUUGAUUUCAGAAAACUAGAACCUGGAUGAUGGACUGCACCAGCAUCAUGAUGAUUCAUUAUUCUCAAAAUUCUUACAAAUGGUUUCAUGAUUAAAAUAAUUGGGUGAUUACUUACUUGAUUGUUCUAAACAAACACAACAUUUUGGUGGCUAAUCUUUAACAUAGUUAAUGAUAAUGGUGUAAUCAGUAUACGAUUAUAUACUACUCCAAAGAAGUUAGGGAUAUUUCAGAUACAUUUCACGAUGAACCUAAGAUGUCCUUAAUUUGAGAUUCUCUAAUUCUGAAGUCCAACAUGUUCCAUGUCCGACAUGUUCUCUAACACAACAGUUGUGAAUAUCCCUAACUUUUUGUGUUUAAUAUAUAAUGAUGCUGGUGUUGCAGAUUAUUCCCAUUGAUAAUUAUUAUAACUUGUAUGCUCAUGAAGACCACCAGAUCAGUUAUACUGUAUGUCAUUUAUAGUGAUUUAUCAGGUGAUUGUGGGUAACCCAAAAAAAACAAUAAAAUGUGUCAAUA